UCAAAACCCCACUUUUCUCUCCUUCUCACUUUUAAACCCUUUCAUAUUUCCAUUGUAGUUUUACCCUUUUGCUUCUUCUUCCUCAUCUUCUUUCUUUCAUCUAUGUUUAUAUGUCUUCAAAUGAAAAGAACGAUCCACAACACAACUAUGAUCCUUUCCAAGGAUUCAACCGAUCCACCACCUUCCCAUUCUUUGACGACAACAGCCCUUGCAUUUACAACCAAUCUGCAGCCGCUCCACCACCGGCCUUUGAUCCUUCAUAUAUGACCUUCACUGACUGCUUAAAUGGCUCCAACGUCAUCGACUACAACUCCUUCUCGAGAGCCUUCGACAUGUCUUGUUCUUCAUCUGAUGUUGUCAGUCCCAUGGAUGACAAUACGGCUACUGACAACUCCAAGAAAAUCCCCACUUGUGCAGAUAACAAUAAUAAUAUUUCUGAAAACCCAUCAACCCCCAAUUCCUCAGUGUCUUCUUCCUCUAACGAAGAUGAAGAUUCCAGCAAAGCCAAGAAAGAUAAACAGCCAAAAGGGUGUGAAGACCAUGGAGAUGACAAGUCAAAGAAAGUGAACAAAGCAACAAAAAAGGAGAAACGGCAAAAAGAGCCCAGGUUUGCAUUCCUCACAAAGAGUGAGAUUGAUCAUCUUGAAGAUGGCUAUAGAUGGAGGAAGUACGGACAAAAGGCUGUCAAGAACAGCCCUUAUCCAAGAAGUUAUUACAGAUGCACAAGCCCAAAAUGUGGUGUCAAGAAGCGAGUUGAGAGAUCAUUUGAGGACCCAUCGGUGGUGAUCACAACAUAUGAAGGAAAGCAUAACCAUCACAUCCCGGCAACUCUUCGAGGCCAUGCUGCAGGGAUGUUUUCCCCUCCGAUCAUGUCGGGGUCGAUGGGUCCGACCUUCCCUCAUGAAUUCCUAACCCAUUUCCUUCCAUCAUCGAGCAAUAAUCCAGCAGCACACGCCAACUCCAUGCAUCAUCAAACCCAGCAGCAGCAGCAGCAGCAGCUUCAAGUUCCUGAUUAUGGCUUAUUACAAGACUUAGUUUCUUCCUUCACCCGUAGUCAGGCGCCAUGAAUGAACAUUAUAGUGAUCUUUAUACAUAUAUCUAGCUGGAGUUGCUGUAUUAAUGGAGGGUUAAUCCAAGUAUGAAGUUAGGGGUCGGGCACUCCACUUCUUUUUGUUGUGCAAAUUGCUACUCCUCUGAUGCUUAUUACCACUCUAGAGAUGAAAUUGUUGUAGUAUUGGAGAGAAGAACAUUGAUUCUUCCUUAAUUUGUCUCUUUUUGUAUUAUAAAAUUUUCAUAUUAUCUUAAUCUUAAUUCUUUUCAUGUUA